GGUGAUACAAUUCCACACGAUUAAUCGUUCAUUACCUUCCAGGUGUAGGUGUAGAAGCUACCCAAGAAAAAGACGUUGUGGAAUUGUCAAUGUGUGAAGCCUGAUGUAAGUUUACUAAUGUGUUAAGCUUACUUAAUUAUAAGCUUACGAAAACCGGUUGUCCAGCACAAAAAAACCAAGGGAGCUAUACUAGCUUCUGUUUAAACUGUUUGGCCCGAGACAGCUCUUUAAAUAUUAAGAAUUAAAUAAUAAUGACAAAUUUCCCAAGGCAAUUCCGUACUAACCUUCAUCCUAUAAAAUUAGCCUGUGUGGAACGCGUACGAAUCUCUCCUUCGUAUUGUACAUGUAAUGUAUAACGUGACAUCUAUGACUGUCAUGUGACAUAGCGUUACCAGCACCUAUAUUUAAUCACAGGCAGCCCAAUAAGGUUUCCGUUCCGCAGGCGGAGCUAAAGGAGAAUCGGCUACGAAAUUUGCUCCAAGUAUCUAGGGAUACUUUGGGGAUGCUAAGAACCUUAUCAAAAUGUUUUUUCAGUCUUCAGAGAGUCUUCAGAGAAAUUUGGUAAUUUGACAUUUCAAGAACUCCUUGUGUUCGGCCAGGAGCCGAUUACUAGUAAUCGGCUCCUGGUUCGGCACAUUUAUUUCUCCAAAAUACAACAAAUCACUUUCGCAAUGCGACAGGUGUGUACUGCGAAAUGAAAGGAAAAGGCUCUGUUCUCUCUGUUGGUUGGUUGCCUUCGUCGCAAACGCUCUAAACCUUUGUUUUAGACAGGAGCCGAUAAGUAAUCUGGUCUAGACGAGUGCGUGGGCCGGCAACGCAAGUUGGUAACCGAGAGAACCAACCUCCUCCCCAGGGCGCCUUUCCGUGACUUUGGCACCUUCAAAGCCAGGGAAAAGCGCCCUGGGGACGAGGUUGAGAGAACGCGCUAUUACAGCUGAUGCGCUCCCCUUUUUUUUUUUUUUUUUUUUUCACAGACCCUCUAUUUUCUCUUUAGAGAUCGUCGAGCGUGCGUAUGAAAACAAAAACGCAGGUGAUUUACACUGCAACAAGAAAAACGUCUUUGAGCAGGCUACUCCUCUCUCCGUCUCCUUGCCCCACCCCCCAAAGGGCGGCACAUUGCAGACUACUCAUUAUCAGGCCUGACUCAUUCUCAUUCAUUGCCCAUUCUCUCUUGUUGGUAAAAAUAAUCCUAUUCUAAAGGUGCAGUAAGACUCAAACCUGGAGACACGAUGCUCCCCAACACAACUGUCAUUCUUUAUAGCCUAAGCAUCACUACUCUGAUCGAUCUUCCUAGAUAAGGUUAAUUUAGCGUGCAAAGAAAGAAGUGUCCGAUAGCCUGGGACUAGUGGAGUUUGCUAUCGAGCUAGCGAAUUCUGUUCUGAACUUGCCCGCCAGGCAAGUGAAGUUUUUUGGGAAAUUCACAUUAUAAAAAAAAAAAUCAAUCCUGCUCAUCAAAAAACUUUUUUCGGGCUAAUUAAAAUGACCCUUGGGCUAGAACACGCUUAUACCUGCCAACUAUUUUUAAUCUAUGGGCGUGACAUUUUCAUCCUGAGAGUGCUAGCAUUUUUCGUAGGGGUCCGAUAAUAUCCGAAGAUGCCCGAAGACGUUCGGAAGACUUUUCAAAGGGUCCCGUCUAACACGAACACGAAAGAACUCGACCUCGUCUCCAUCGACUUUCCCUACUAAAGUAAAAGAAUUUGGAGAAAGUCGAUCAUUCAUAAGCAUUUUUAUUUUCUCUCAUUGGUUUCAGUUCCUUUGAAUAAUUAAUGUAUUUUUCAAAAUGUGUCAGCAAAAGCCAUAAUAGCUCUUGGUGUCAGUCAAUGCUGUAAUGGCUCAAACUUUUCUACCAGGCGUGAGAAAUUGGAACACAGUGAGUAGGUGUGAGAUCGAAGUUUUCGAUUCGCAGGUGUGACAAUCACGCUAAAGGCAUGGAAGUUGCAGGUAUAAAUGCUAGUUGCACCUUACCCGAAUGGCAAGCUGCAAAACUGACUUUCUUUGCACCCUGAGGUUCCUUCCUCUCCCCGACUUAUCUAGGAAGAUCGAACGGCCUAUGCUAUCAGGCGUUUCGGGAGGGGAAGAAGAAAAGAGAGCGAAAAGUGAAGACAGCCUGAUACUCAGACUAUAGUGUUUAGGGAGUAUCCCGGAGUAAGAGACACCAAGAUCAUGAGUUGAUUCUUUAGCUAAUUAAGAAACGCGUUCUGAGAGCUUAGCGAGUAUCACACUCAAAUUUAUUUCGUUCAUCCCAAAACGUUUUAAGGAAAAUGUUAAUCUUUGUAGUCUAUUUAGAUAGCUUGAGAAAACAGCCGUAAUUUCGCGACGUCACCACUGACAGUCACUACAUCUGGAGGGUCGUUACUUGCUGACCUUUCUGGAUUUGGCCAGAGAAAGAGGCGGAAAUCGAGUCAAGUUUUACUGUGAAAUGUUAUCGCUGCUUUCAAAGGUUCGCUAACUUCAGGGGUCGUUACUCCACCCUGCACAGCACUGGCGAUAGUUUGAGUUCAAAAAAAUAUAUACUACGUUAUAUUUUGUAUAUGUUUUUCUUUUGUAGCGAAGCUGUCAAUUCAAUUCACACUGUAACAUGGCAGCUGGGGGAAACGAGGAUGAGCGAACUGCGCUUAUUUCAGGGAAUGCAGUUGACAAUGGCUUAGUUUAUAGUGGAACCUACCCUGGUUCUUCUACAAAGAAUGAUGACGUCACAGACGGACAUGUUGAUAAGCUGGUGGUUACCCUGUGCAUUCUCAUCACCGAGUUUUGUGAGCGCCUGACGUUCUACGGACUGGUAGCAAAUAUGGUGUUAUUUUGCAAAGAUGAACUAGAUCUUCCCGCACCGUGGCCCUCGACAAUUAAUUUGAUAUUUUCAGGUUAGUAUAUUUCUGCCAGUUAAAUUUGCGCCUUAUAAUAAUGGUAAUAACGUUCUACUCAAAGUUAGCCUGAGUAGCAAGCGUUUCCGCGCGAGUUCGUCGAGAACGUUGGGACGAGAGCAAAAAGAAAAAAGGAAUGACGGGGGAGGGGGAGGGGAGAGAAGUUACAAUAAAUGAUUCUAAUACCUUAUUAUCACUUAUUUUCGCGCGACUUUAAUUUCGCGAAUUUGGAAUAGAAAUAUUUCGCGGGACUUAAAUCUUGUGACUUUCACUGGAAUCGCCGUUUUUUUAAGGUAAUUAAGUUUCGCGGAUCAAGUACGCUGCUGCUCGUUUUUUAAACUUGCAUUUCUGCAUUUUAUUUAACCAUAACGGAAUAGAAAUGCAACAAGCAACUGGCUAGCCUGCGUAGCAGGCGCUUGGAAGUAGUGGGCGCAAGAAAGAACGAACGCACGAGAGGGAGACACGCGAGGCAUGCGUGUCUCUCUCUCGUGCGCCCCGGUUACGCAGGCUAGCAACUGGCUGAAAUGUUCAACAAUGUCAGCAACAUAGCAUCUUUUAGAAGUAAACUGCUAUAAACGACCGAAGCAGUAUUUAACCCGAUAGCGCUGCCAAUUAGCUUUUAGAUAAGGAGCGCCUCAAUGUUUUCAAACAUUCUGGCUGCUGCAUAGACGGCGGGAUUUUUUUAGCACGAGCAAAGUUUUGGCAGAGGAACUGUGAAGCCGUGCGGACCGCUUUUAAAAUUGGCUUAAAGGGUAGUCAUUUUUUCUGGUAACAAUUAUGGAAUAGGGAUACUGAACAUAUAUUUGAAACCAGUGACUUGAAAAGGGGGAUCUACUGGAAUUAAAAGUGGAUUUGUUGAAUGAUUCUGGUUGGGAAUAGAGCCAGCACAGCGCAUCUCAGAGUUUUUGGGAGAGUUCUGCUUGAGUUGCUGGUGUUUUACCCUCUGAGAGACGUGCGCCCUCUAGAGUUGCUGAGUAUUUAAAAGUUGUACCAAACUAACUCAUAAGCUAGCUAGACGAUGUGUAAAAGUUGACAGUGCUUUUAAUGUUACACGAAAAUGUCAAGCCUAGAAAUUUUUUUCCAUACCUUAUUCCAUUUAAGAUCUUUUAAUUUGAAAUUAAAUUUGUUUAUGUUGCAGUAAAUUGGAGUUAAAAAUAGACUUGCAACAACAGACUGACUUACUUGUAAAAUUUAUCUUCAAAACCAUUUCGGUCAUUUGGGGUCAUUUGGAUAGAAAGGAACUCUGUUUUCACUGCUCCUUACAAUUUACCAUUUUGUAUUUUCUAUUUUUAGGUGCCUGUUAUUUCAUUCCUUUAAUGGGUGGAUGGCUUGCCGAUGCUCGUUUGGGAAGAUACAAUGUUAUUUAUGGAAGCAUGUUAAUUUACGCUAUUGGAACUCUCUUGAUCCUCCCAGUUUCCUAUAAUGGCAUCGAUCAUAACAAGACAAUGAGAUUGGUGUACUUUUUAUUGUCCCUUGUAUUGGUUGCACUGGGUACUGGGGGAAUCAAAGCUAACGUAGCGCCCUUAGGAGCUGAUCAGCUUGCAAGACAUGGGCCGAGAGCCGUCGAAAUCUUCUUCAUUUGGUUCUACUGGUUCAUAAACCUUGGAGCACUAAUCUCUUUUACAGUUGUUGUGUACAUACAACAAAAGUAUGACUUUUUUUACGGGUACUUGAUCCCGGCAGGUACAUUGCUUUUAACCAUCACUGCCUUCGUGAGUGGCCGUAACAAGUACGUAAUCAAACCUCCAGGAGGAAGCCAGCUAAUAGAGACCGUGAAAAUAAUCUAUCAGGCUGUUGAAAAUCGCCAAGGUCAAAGCGGAGAGAUGUGGCUGGAUCGGGCGAAGAGUAGAUUUGGAGGGGCGUACACUGAUGCGCAAGUUGAAGACGUCAAGACUUUGUUAAGAAUUAUCCCAAUGAAUCUUCUAUUUGUCAUGUUCUUCGUAAUUUUUCCUGCUCAGGUAAGUUUUUUUUUUCACUCAGGUUCACGUACUGCCCGCUCAUUUAUACAUGUAACUAAUCACUAUGGCGUCUACUCUCCACGGUUCCACAGCUAAGAAAUCAGGGAACUAAAAAGUUCUCAGCCCUCAUUCACCUGGGCUCGAUCCUUUCCGCGGUCUAAUUCCUUCUAGAAGAGAGCGCUCAUUUGCCAAACAGUGGCUGGUAAUCGAGCCUAUUAUCCUCCCUAGCCUUGUGGGGGGGGGGGGGGGGGGGGGGGGGGUACAAUACAAAACAAUACAGUCACAGCUAUCAGACAGCCUCUUCCGAUCCUCUUCUGUCUUUUCUCUCUCUGUGUGUUUUUUAAUGUUGUGAUGGCAUGGGGUUAAUGUUUGAUUGUUGGUUUGUGUUUGGGGUUUUGGGGUGUGGGGGGGGGUGGGGGGGGGGGGGGGGGGGUGUGGGGAGGGAAUCUGGCAGAGCUUUUUCGCAGUCUACGUGGAUCCUGGCCCUGACUAUGUAUUAAAGGUCUAAGACUGACUUGACUCCUGUCGUGGACUUAUGAUUGUUCCAUUAUCUCAUCUACUCACUACCGAGCUUAGCCCUUUAAGCCUCAAUAUCAACAAACAAUUUCUUAUACAUUUCCUCUAAUUACUCGACUGUCGCAGCCUUUUCUAUCUGGCUAUUAAUAUGUCGAAAGAAAAAUGAUUUUGGUCACUAUUGAAUGACUUAAAGCAUUUUUUUGUCUUUCAAGAUGCCUUUGACAGUUUGUCGACUUGUGUCAGUAACACAAGAAAGCUCUUUGAAGUACUAAGGGGAUUCUUGAUAAUUUCACAGGCGGUUCACACCCUGCGAGCAGAACCUUCAUUUGCACCAACCCCUCCCCUAAGCCAACAUUUUGCCCUAAGUGAGAAGUAAGUGAUAAUGUUGGCUUAGGGGAGGGGUAGGUGGGCAGUUUCCCAGAAACCUUAAUCGAUUCAUAAGAAGAAAAGGAGGCUUUGUCUGAAUCACGUCAAACCUUUGAAGUCGCCGCAGCACAAACUUCUGGACUCUUCAACCUUGUUCUCUCUCGUCGAACUGUUUUUUUCGAGUGCGAGUAUUUGUCCAUUAGUUGAAAUGACUGAUGGUCAUAACCUAGCCCGCUAUUGCAAGCGCAAGGCUAUUAGGCCUGGCUUCGAAACUAGAUCCUCGCAACAUGCCGCGCCUGCUCAACAGAGAUGUUACUCGAUUCAUGCGAAGUUCGAGUGUGCCAUAAUCGAGCAAGGAGGGCAAGAAAAGCUCAGUGCUGGCAGCAGGAUGAGGCGUUUCUCUGCAUCUCAAAACUUUCCGCUUCUAAUGAAAAAAGCUCAUUCCAUACGAAACUGUAGUUUGAAACAGAGAGUAAUAAAAACAAAUUAAACGGAAGAAAUUAAAAAGGAAAGGCGGAACUAUUAACGCACGAAAAUCACUAGUUACAAAUGUAUAGUCAUGAAGCCAACGGUCAAUCGAAAUAGGCCAUUUCACAGUUGCAGAUGCAAACAAAGCUGGAGUUGACCUUCUUUUCAUACGACCCUUCUUGCCUUAUUAUAGUUUUCACUAUAAUUUCAAAGGAAUUAAAAGAAAAGAGGCCUUAGUAAGUUGUAUCAAAACCAGGCCAACCUCAAUCUCACUUUCACUCAAAGGUUAGAGAACUAAGCCUAUACAACUGUUACUAUUUUGCUGUAGCCUAUGACGGCUAGUGCAGCGUUUACACAGCGCACCCUUUUUGGGUAACUGUAAAUUAGAACACCUAUUGAUAACUUGCUUUUACAGUUGCAGACAACAUGGCUUAUCCAGGCUACCUACAUGAAACUGGAGUUUCAGAGUUUCACUGUUCCACCAGCAUCCAUCUUUUCCUUCGACAUUAUUUGGGUUCUUGUAGUAACUCCCAUCGUCGGUCAAGUCAUAUAUCCUCUUCUAAAGUCCUGUGGUAUAAGCUUUACUUCGUUACGCAGGAUUGGUGUUGGAAUGCUUUUUGCUGCAGCAUCUAUGAUUGUAGCCGGUCUAGUGGAGAUCAUAAGAAGGCGAGAGGUCGAAGAAGGACAUUUCUUUGAUCAAGUUGUUUUUGGCAAACAUCGCCAAGCUUCAAAUCUGAAUGUUUUUUGGCAAAUACCACAGUUUUUGGUUAUGGGCUGUGCUGAAGUACUGGCAGUUACAACAGGUAGGCACACGCUCUUAUUAAUCAUUAUUAUUAUUAUUAUUGUUAUUAUUAUUAUUAUUAUUAUUAUUAUUAUUAUUAUUAUUAUUAUUAUUAUCAUUAUUAUUAUUUAUUUAUUUAUUUAUUUAUUUAUUUAUUCGGGUUUUUUAAAUUGUGGACUGCUCAAGGUCCUCAUUUUUGUCGCGACCAGCGGAAAGAAAAGAAAGUGCAAAACCAAAAAAUAAAGAUUUAUUCCUUUGUUUGAAAGCUUUUAUUCUUCGACCGUUGCGAUGACUAGCCGCCCUUCGCGCCCUCGGCGGAAAGUCCCGGCAUCACAUCACUCGAUCCUGGUCGUCAUUUCUCACAGUAUUGUUAGUGGUUUGUAAACUUGUUACAAGGCAUUGUUUUGGUGGUCAAUACAAUAAUUUUUUUCGAAUAAAACAUAAAAAAGGGAUUUAGUUACCAGAGGAAAAAAAUGCUAAAUGGCCGCCGUGAUGCCACGUGCAAACCAGGAAUUCUCCCUUAAUACAGCUAGUUUAUCCCCUAAAAUCUCUACCAUCUUGUAAACUUUGGGCUCAAACGGAUAACUGAAAACUCUAAAAGUAGUUCCUUGGCUUCAAUAAAAAAUCUGGAAAAUCUAAUCUAAAUCUAAUCUUACUUUCAAAUGCAGGACUGGAGUUCUCGUAUUCUCAAUCUCCAGAGCACAUGAAGGGAGUUGUUUUGGGUAUCUUUUGCAUCUCGACCGGUAUUGGAUACUGGCUGUCCAGCUUGCUUGAAGUCAUAGUUCGCUCAGCUACCAACAACAAGUGGUAUCCAAGCGAAAAUCCCAACGAAGGAACGAUGGAAUGUUACUUCUUUCUGUUAGCUGGUCUAAUGAUUGUCAAUUUUGUCAUCUUUCUGUAUGUGGCUUCAAGAUAUAAAUAUAGGACUGUACCGAAGGAGAGUGAAAAAACAGCAAAUGACAGGGAGGAAGACCAGCUUGAUGAACCUGAAGUGUGAUGCUCUAAAAUUUGUUUGAAAACCUAAACCAGUCCAUCAUGAAAACGUCCUAACAAAGGACUAGCAUGCAUGGGAGAUGCUCGCCCGCUACGCGUUAACACUGAGGGUCGUUUGUUUCAGGAUGUGCCGGAUGGUGCAAACUGAUUCAAAACACGUGAGAGAUGGAGCCUUCCUUGCCUGCCAGCAGCCCUUUCUACCCAGAUCACGCGCAUCUUAUUUUCGCCUGGCUUACUAUCUGAGAGUCCUGGCACAGGCUACACUGAGAGAAAAUCCGCGUGCUGAAUGGAUAAGCUUUGAAGAAUAUUAGGAAGCGAUUUUCCGUGAGGUCUAUACGCUAUAGAUACAGUGUGGCGCGAAAUUUUUGCGGUCGAGUUUAUUUUUGCCAUAGCGAUUUUUUGUGUUUUGCGGGAACUAAUUUUUGCGAUUAAGAUAGAAUGGUUUUUCUUGCUGCGAAUUAAUUUUUGCAUUGACAAUAUUUUCGUUUUCACUGAGUACGUGAACAGAAAUACACACUUUCAAACAAUACUAUGGUGUGCGUUUCGUUUCUGAACUAAAGAGACAAGUUGUAAAUGAACAGACAAACAGAACAGAAAAAUUGCUUGUCUCGUUUUGGUGUAAAACUUUGGAAUGAACCUUGUAUUAAUUGUCAUAUUAGAGAUCUUCCUAAAAAGAAAUUUACGAAAGUGCUUCACAGAUUGCUUUCCGACAUCUUAAAAAGAGAAGAUGACUAUAUUGAGACGUCAUUAAUCGUUGAAAAAGUUCGAUUAACAGUUAAGUGAUUUCUGUACAAAGUUUUCGCACUCCGUCAAUUCCUUUUUCGUCUUUCCUUAGUAGAUUUAAUCUAAUUAAAAUAAAACUAUGGUAGAAAUAUUAUUCAUUGUAACUUAAAAUAUUUUCCUUCCUUUCUUUUCCUUUCACUUUAUUUUUCUUUUAUCUGAUCCGCCUAGAUUAGCAAUUGCUACUUUGCCGGCCAGUCUUUUGUAGUCAAUAUUUUUAUUAAAUAAAGUUGAAAUUGAAGUUGAAGUUGAUUCUUAGUGCUGUAUUUUUGUGUAGCGAAUUUAAUUAGCGAAUAUUUUCUCUUGAAUAAAUUUUUGCUGAAAAAAUGUUUGCGGUAAUUUUAUUUUGGGAAUCAUUUGAAAAAUCACAAAAAUUAGAACCCGCAAAAAUUUUGUGCCACACGGUAGGUCUAUUUUCACGCUUUACGUACAUUGAACAUGAAAUAAUCUUAGAAAAGCCACUGCAAGAGUUAUUCAUCCAUGAACAAAAAACAUAAAUUACUAUUUGGGUAAACUGUGCUGCUUUGUGGGAGGGUCUCAAUGGGGUUAAUCGAUAGGCGUAAAACGGCCAAAAAUUUAGUCGAUAGCCGUAGAUAUUUUAAGGAAGGUGCUAAACUCACUCAUGGUUGCGUUUUUUAUUUCCCGGCUACUUUGACUCCGUACGCACGUUAGGCCAAGCACCUUUUAGGUGUUGACCAGGACCUAUACUCCAUUUCCGCCGCUCUCUCGAAGAAACAAGUUUUUUUCACAGCGAAAAUCUGGCUUCUUACUGGGGAUUAAUAUUUGUGAUUUUCAGAAGGCGUGCCCUCGAAAUACUAGUGAAACAACACGCAGAGAUGUCACUGUUUGUAAAACAAAUUGCCGAUAAACAAACAAUUCCCUGUAACAAUUCCCUGUUUUUCUCUGACGCUAAGGUAGACAUUGCCAUGCCUAGUCCCUGUCCAGCUGUACGGCGUCUUCCCACGCAAUCUCGGUCAAGGCAUUUCGGUGGCGUAUCUGAGAAAAAAACUCGCUCGGACCACGUGACCCGAAAAGCAUUAGCCGCGCGGAAUAAUGAGGCUUAUGGACAAGGCAACGGCAGACAGUCGUUCUGUACCCAUUUUUCUAUAUUGUUAUUUUAAGAAGCCAUUACCCCUUUUUCUUUCUAUUUCUUUAAUGUAGGGUUUUUUUUUGCUUGUAUGGGGUACAAUACAGAUGAAAACUAGGGCCUGGUUUUCACAGAGUUUUCAAGUUUUCCCACAGAGUUUUCGAGACUUCCCCACAGAGUUUUCAAGCCGCUGUAAAAGCGGUUUUAAGAACACAAAUCGCCUUUAUCUUUCCUAUCUUGUUAUUAGUGUUACAAUCAAGUGGUGGUUUUGUUAUUGUUGCUCCGUUCCUUCUCCUAGCUCUCUCAACCGUCGAUUUCUUUUUACGCUCCUGAUCCUCGUAGUGCGGCGUCAUUCAGGGAUUUUCUAACCCCAAAACACUCGUAUUUCGCCUUUAUAUUCUAAACAGCAAAACAGUUGGGUUUUGUUUCUUUUUUUUAAUCCUAAAAAUCGGUUUUGAAGGAGCGUUGGAGCCUCUCUCAAACGCCCCCACGUGGAGCUUCUCAUCCUACAAUACUGGUCAAAAAUCUUGAAAACUUGUGUGAUUUUCCCCUUCCCCAAUGUUGAUUUGGGUAUUACAGUCGUCUCAGUGAUCCAAAAUACGCGUAACUCAACAUUGGGGAAUUGACGGAGAGGGGCACAUUUGAGUGACAACAAAGUUGUGAAGAGUGAGUGAAAAAAAGUUUCGAGAGAAUUCAACAGAAACUAUUUCUGUUUCAACGAUUUGUGACGGGUAUAAUUGAUUGUAGCCUGCAGAACAGGUAUUAUUUUUCGCGUUUUUAGAGAAUUUUAGCUAUUUGAAAUAGUUGAUAUACUAUUUAUUGUAUAAGACUCCAAAUAAAAAACGUGUAUGUACGUAUGUAUUUAUGUAUGUAUGUAUAGGGAGAGGGGUUGAGAAGGCUCCAUUUCCCUUUUCCCCUUAGUAUUGACCCCUCCCCCUCCCCUUCCCUUCCCCUUUUUGCGCCUGUCACGCAGGGGGAAGUACCCUGCGUAGAAUAUUUUUAUAUUUGUAUGUAUUGUUCACAAGCAUUUAUUGAACCUCGCCAAGUUAGUUUAGUCCAAAGUGCAAACGGAACCACAAUUGCGGAUCAACAAAGGAAAUAAUGAAUAAGGCCAUACUUGGUUUUAAAAUCUAGAUUUAAGAGGAUUUAAUGAACAGCUCGUGAAAUGUACGGACCUAAGACUGACAUGCUUUUUUGAAAAAAAUCGAAAGUCAGCUAAGAUUGAAGCCGGGCCAUUUACCAGCAAGUUUUCCUUGACAAAUUAGUAAACCCUGGUUGAAAAGAUUUCCUCACUUUGAAGUCAAGGGGAAAAACUUGACGCUUAUUCCCCAUUUCGAGAAAUUAAAAUCCCCGCGAAGUCUUCCCCGCAAUUCGUCACGUAACGGUUCUCCCUAAUGCGUGAUGGGACAAAACGGCUGCGUGGGAGACUAAUCCUCGCGUGAUUAUCCAACCCUCCGAUCCGUGGCUGUCACGUCAAUGUUUAAAAAUGGUAACGAUACACAUGACAUAUGACACAUGACAUCACUCAGCCUUGUGAUACGGUGUCAGAAGCCAUGUGACGUUGUUUGUACAUCCGUCAACCCACAUGACUUCCCGUAUUCCCAGAGAGAUUCACCUUCCCUUUUUUAUCUGUUUCCGUUUUGUCCGUCGUUAAAAUAACUAUGCAAUUUUUAUUUCAGUGAGUAGUUGACUUAAUUAUUUUUCCUUUCGUUGACAUUGGUUGUUCAGAUGCAACACUCAUGUGGCACGUUUGUCUAUGCCUAGCCUUGGUAACUUUACUAACCCAGGGAAGUGUCUGACUAUCAUGUGAUAGGCGAACGGCUAAAAGUUCGUUCUCUUGAAGAAUCGAAUAAGCGGACGAAUGAAAAUUCGAUGAUCACUGAUUUGACUCUAGGCAUCGCGUUACGAUAUGUUCCGAUCACAUGUCCAGCGUCACUUCAACUCAACUUCUUUGAAAGCGUUGAACCUUAAAAUGAACAAGCAUAAAGCAUGACCAUCCCAUUAUCCGCUAGAGAUGGCUGGCUACUAGUUGACCUUUUUUAGGUUUUUUGAACGUUUUAGCUGUGGUUUUUCUUGA